AUGUCGAGUAUUACAAUCAUUUGUAUUCAAUUAAUCAUUCUGAUCAGCAAAAUUAGUUUUAUUCAUCAAGCAAUUGCUGUUAAUCAGUGUGAUUUUUCAAGUUCGAUAUAUUUACAAGCGGCUACAUAUACUCAUUCAUUAGUUUUACGUGUACAACCAUUACAUUUAUUAGAUCAAGAUUACAAUAUUAACAAUACUAUUAUUCGAAAAGUUCUCGUACGUGAAGUUAUUAAAAUUCCUACAAAUAAUAAUCAUCAUCAUCAUAUUAAAAUGAAUGACAUUAUAAUAAUACGAAUAAAUGAUAAUGAUGAUGAGUUUCUUGAUAAUUCAUGUUGGCAUCUCCUACGAAUAUCAACUGUUGAUGUUAUUCUUUUUCUUAAUGAAACUAAUACCAAUGAAUUCGAUUUACAUUAUCCACCAGUUGAAUCAACACUUCGUGUAAGAGAAAAUAUUGAUGCAGUUCUCAAUCAUGAGACAUAUCCACCACAAGUCCUAAUAAAAACUCGCAUAGAUAAAGCAAUUCUAUCAAAAGAUUAUUCUCUACAGUGUAAUUCUCGCGGUAAUCCAUUACCUCGUCUAUUAUGGAGUAAAAAACUCGAUAUAAAUGAAACAUUUGAAUAUUAUCCAUUAUCGAAACAAUGUCAAACUUCAUGUCGAAUUUAUUCUGUACAACAUAAAUAUCAAUCAACUCUAUUUUUUCAAUCAUUAACACUUGAUGAUAUUGGAACUUAUGUGUGUCACGCAGAAAAUCCAAUGAAUCGUACAACAACUAGUGUUUAUUUAGAUAUUGAUCAUCAUAACCAAUUAAAUAGAAAUCUAACAUGUUCUAGUUUAAAAGAUUGCCACGAUCGGGGUCAAUGUAUUAUUGUUAAAAAUCAAUUGAAAUGUUUAUGUGACAAACAAUAUUUUGGUGAACAAUGUGAAACGAAUUAUGAUGAUCUUAUAAAAAAUCAAGAUUCUGCUAUACUUUUAUUUAAAUCUCGUUUUUUGGCUGGUUUUAUUCUUGCUCUUAUUGGCUUUUUCUUAUUAUCAAUUGCAUUACUUUCGUGGUUUCUUGCAAAAAAUAAUGAACAAAAACGAAAAAAAUUACCAGAUAAAAUAUCAGUUGAAAAACCACUUAUAACACCACCGAUUACAGAAAAAAUUUCUUCAACUGAAACUAAUGGUACCAUUCCAGCGCCUUCUUCAAUUGACCAAAAACAUAAACAGUCACCUCCUCCUCCUCCUCCGGCACCAGUGACGGCUACUCAUAUUAGUCAUUCACCUAUGAUAGAUAGAAAAUCAAUAACACCUCCUCUUAUACAACGACCAUUUAUUCAUAAAACAGUAACGAGAGAAUCAUCAACUGGGACCGAAGAUGAUGAUGAAGAUAAUUUAACUAAUUAUCUUCGUCAUUAUCAAACAUUACCACCUGUACCAACUACAAUUGAUGAAGAAUAUGAAGAACGUUUUUCAUUUAAAAUGAAUAAAUCCGAAGAACUUGGUCUUGGAUCGUUAAUGAAUGGAACAAAUGAUAUUAAUAAUCGUGUCAUUUCACAAGGUCAUGUAGAAUUAUAUCAACCUGAUAAUCAAACAGGUUUAAUUAAACCAUUAAAUAUAGGAAAAGAUCAACCACAACGUUAUACAAAAUAUGUUUCAUCUUAUAGUAAAUUUGUUUUACCUCGGCCGGUCAAAUCAUCAUCAUUAUCAGAAUAUCAACAACGAUAA